AUGAAAAUCAGCGAAAUAAAGUUAAAGCAUUCAAUCAAAGGCUUGAAAGCGUAUGAGAAGUUAGCGCUUAGGAAAUUCGACAGUGACGAUGCGUGGUUUAUUUCAGAUAAGCUGCGUAGUUACGAUUACGAGGGUUCAAGCAUCGUUUUCACUGUCCGUUUGUUCAACGGUUUAGAGUUAACUUCAGGCGUAAUUGGACAAGUUGCACCACACAACUACGACUGGUUGAAUGCUAAAUACAACACCGUAGCUAAAUACCACAUGUCUAGUCAUCUCUAUGGACAAAACCUUAUCGUAAAACAUCAUUCUAUACCUAGUUGGCAAUUAUCACCUGAAGAUACAUCACGUAUUGCUGCAAUGGCAGAUGUGAGCGAGUAUACCAAUGAAUACUUUCGUACUCUCCUCGUAGAAGAAAAAGGAUGUCAAGUCGACUGGAAUGAGUUAAGUGAUGAUUACAGAACUUUCAUAAGCACCUUUGAGAAAAAGACACUUCUACAUUUUACUGGUGACGAACUUGAUGGAUUCUUCAAAUCCAUCUUCCCAAGUUCCGUUGCGAAGACUGGUCCGAAUGGCUGUUAUUAUAUUGAAAAUGUCCGCAUAAAGGAUUCUAACGAGAAACUGAAGAUUAGUCCAACUAAUCUCAUGGGUGAAAAAACUGAAAACAAGUAUCCGGAGUAUGCAGCUCAUGGAGGUGCUUUCCCUAUCAAUAUUAAGAAUGUAUUGAGUCCAAUUGGAGCACUAUCAAUAUCAGGUUUGCCUAAUGGAUCGCUAGACCAUGCUGUGGCUUAUAACGUCAUUACUGAAUUGGCUGCACAUCAAGCUUAA